AUGGCCAUGGUCAUCGAUGACACCCACGAGCUCGACUUCUCGGCUGCCACCACCACCACCACUACCACAACAGACGACGAUCUUCCUUGCAACUGGAAUGACUGGUCUCCUGUCGUUGACUGGGACGCUCUAUCCGGCGGCAACGAUGAUUUCCAAGAUCUCAUCGAAUCCUUGAUGGACGAUGGAGCGUUGCUCAAUCCUUCCGCUCGGGUCUCCCACCCCGAUCAGGAACCAUGCCACUCUACAUCCACUCCCGAUGCCGUCAUGGUCGAUCAGGACGAAUCCAAGGCCGACGAUUGCAAGGGCCUGAGGCUAGUCCACCUGCUGAUCGCCGCCGCAGAGGCACUCACGGGAGUGAACAAGAGCCGGGAACUGGCUCGGGUGAUAUUGGUUCGGCUCAAGGAGUUGGUGUCCCCAAGUGAUGGAACCAACAUGGAGAGAUUGGCGGCGUAUUUUACCGAAGCCUUGCAGGGUUUGCUAGAUGGCGCCGCGGCAAGUACGGCCACUAAUAAGCAUCAUUUAAUCAGCGGUAACGGGCCCCACAAUCAGAUGGACGUGCUCGCCGCGUUCCAGCUCCUUCAGGACAUGUCGCCGUACGUAAAGUUCGGCCACUUCACGGCCAACCAAGCCAUCCUGGAAGCCGUCACACACGACAGGCGGAUUCACAUAGUGGAUUACGAUAUCAUGGAAGGGAUCCAGUGGGCGUCUUUGAUGCAGGCCUUGGUAUCCAGGAAAGAGGGCCCGCCGGCACCGCACCUCAGAAUCACUGCGCUUUCACGGGGCGGAAGCGGUAGUCGGAGGUCCAUCGGAACGGUUCAGGAGACCGGUCGCCGGCUAACCGCGUUCGCUGCAUCCAUCGGGCAACCUUUCUCUUUCCAUCUGUGCAGACUGGAUUCCGACGAGACUUUUCGACCUUCUGCAGUAAAGUUAGUAAGAGGUGAGGCGUUGGUGAUCAACUGCAUGCUGCACUUACCCCAUUUCAGUUAUCGGGCAUCCGAUUCCGUGGCUUCGUUUCUAUCCGGAGCGAAGAGCCUGAACCCUAGAGUGGUAACCCUGGCAGAGGAGGAGAUUGGGACGACAGGGGAGGGAGGGUUCGUGGGCAGGUUCAUGGACUCGUUGCACCACUACUCUGCUAUGUACGAUUCUUUGGAGGCGGGGUUUCCUAUGCAGUGCCGAGCGCUGUCGCUGGUGGAGAGGGUGUUCUUGGGUCCCCGAAUAGCUGGGACGUUGAGCCGGAUCUACCGGAGCCGGGGAGAGGAGAACGGAUGGUCGUGGGGAGAGUGGGUAGCGGCGGUAGGGUUCAAGCCGAGUUGUAUAAGUUAUUCGAACCAGGUCCAAGCAAAGCUUUUGCUGGGGCUGUUCAAUGACGGGUAUAGAGUUGAGGAGGUUAAUCGGAAUAGGCUGGUUUUGGGGUGGAAAUCCAGGCGUUUGCUCUCUGCUUCUAUUUGGACCUCUCCAGAUUCUGAUUAA